GUGUCCAUGUAUGGGUCGUGACGUCACGCGCCGGAGGUCUCAUUCACAUAAAACCGAUUGGCCGGAAUCCCCUCAGAGGACAUGUAGCCACAGACGCGCACGGGACUACUCGACUCGUACUUCUUCACUGCAAUAAGCUCCACCGCUCGGCGUCAACAUGAAGGUAUCCAGCGUAGACUGCCGCCAUCUGAGGAAAGUCAUCCGGAAGGAGAGCGGCAGCUGCCUGGUGGUGGACUGCAGACCGUAUCUCUCGUUCGCCGACUCCAACAUCAGAGGCUCCGUCAAUGUCAAUCUCAACUCCGUGGUGGUGCGGAGGUCCCGAGGAGGGCCGGUGCCGCUGCACUUUGUCAUCCCGGACGAGCGCUCCCUGCUCCGGCUGCGGGAGGGCAGCAUAUCGGCAAUCAUUGCUCUGGAUGACCGGACGUCCCACUGGCAGAAACUGAAAAAGGACAGCGUGGCGCAAAUAGUAAUAAACACUCUUUCUCAUCUGGCGAGCGGGGCGAACAUCUGUUUCCUCAAAGGAGGAUACGAGAGUUUCCACUCUCAAUACCCUGAACUUUGCACCGAGGUGAAAACCAUCGACCAGAGCGUGACUGAAACCGAGAAAAGAGUCAACAGCAACGGCGAGAAGCUUUCUCACCGCAAACCAGAUUACGAUCAGGGUAAACCCGUGGAGAUCCUGCCUUUCCUCUACCUCGGUAGUGCCUAUCACGCCUCCAGACAGGACUACCUAAGCGACCUUCACAUCACAGCCUUGCUCAACGUGUCGCGCAGGGACCUGCAGCCGGCCAAGGGCCACUACCGCUACAAGUGGAUCCCGGUGGAGGACAGCCACAUGGCCGACAUCAGCUCCCACUUCCAGGAGGCCAUCGAUUUUAUCGAUAACGUUAAGCAAUCAGGGGGUAAAGUUCUGGUCCACUGCGAAGCAGGCAUCUCCCGCUCCCCCACCAUCUGCAUGGCCUACAUCAUGAGGACGCAGCAGCUGCGGCUGGACGCGGCCUUCGACAUCAUCAAGCAGCGCCGGGCGGUCGUCUCACCCAACUUCAGCUUCAUGGGUCAGCUGCUGCAGUUCGAGUCGGAGGUCCUCUGCACGGCCCCGGCUCACGCCGCCACACCCGAGCCCGCCACGCCCUGCGCACAGGAGUCCGCCUCCUUUUUUGCCAAUGACUUCAACACCACCUUCAGCACCAAAAACUUUGAGCCAUCCGUGUUCACGCUCCCUACCUCUUGCCUGCAGUCCCCGGUCCACCACCAGUUCAAACUGAGCCCGAUAACUGCACUGCCUUAAAAUGAACUGCGACUGCUUGUAGUCUUACUUGAAAAGAGAAAUAAAGGAGAAACGAUAUCGGUGGUGUUGGAACCAGCAGAGCAGGAAAGUCGGAAUGAUAGUAUUCAUGAGACUUGAACACUAUGGACUUGUAGACGUUGAUGUUGUUAUCCUGUCUUCUGAACCGCUAAAAUGAAACAACGCGUCCCAGCGGUGAACUGCAAUAUACAUGCCUUAGGUUGAUAUUGUGACUAACGCCUAUUCACAAAAGCAGUCGGGCAUUUAAAUCUAAUUUAUUUGAAAAUUACAGUCUGUCUGUCUGAUUUUUUUCAAUAGCGUGGAUGUUAAAAUGUGUUUAAUAAAUGUUUUCACCACAGAAAUAUA